AUGGUUGUUCCUUGUUUUCUCCGCCACAAGCCGAAGGACUUUGGACUUAGUCACGAGCGUGCAGACCCUGCCCAAUGCGGCGCGCGCAAAGUUACUUUUGCCGAAAAAGUUAGCGUAAAGUUAGCCGAAAGUAACUUUUUAUAUGGGGAAUCACUAAGUUCUCGCGAUGGAUUGCAUGAGCCUGGGGAAGAGUUCAGGGUCGCUAAGGGGUUAAGAGAUGACACGGUCCCCACAUCGCAUGACGGGGUGAUCAAGAACUUACACUGGAUUCUGCCCCACUGUGACCGAAAUUGUGUAUUCAUUAUCAUGGGGGCAAGGCAACAAACAUUGAUUCAAGAUUGUACCGCGAUAAUCCAUUUGGUAACUGGUUGGCGCACAAUAAACUAUCAUGCUCUCCUUUUGUUCUCGGCUUCGCACCAUCAUCCCUCCCCGGAUAAAGUAGCUCUUGAGCCCCGUACACAACCCCUCCCUACCAAGUCGAAAGUAGUCUGUGAUUCAGCAUACAGAGCACGCAGAGAGAGGGAUCAGGGGGAGGAGCUCAGUGGGAAGUUCACGAUACAGUCGCGCAUCUGCAUCUGUUGUGAGAGUACGACAUAUGAUAAAUGCGAAGUGAAGACCCUGUGGUCUUAG